AUGCGCAUGGACGACGAGCGACUACCCAAACGACUCUUCUACGGAGACGUCGCGACGGGUUCUCGCCGUCAAGGAGGCCAGAUUCGCCGUUACAAGGAUACCCUGAAGUCCUCCCUGAAAUGCCUGCAAAUCAACCCCACCAACUGGGAGGAGCUCGCACUCGAUCGACCGACCUGGAGGAGAACAGUGAAGACAGGCGCUGCGAUCUACGAAGCCAACCGCAUCGCAGCCGCCAAAGCGAACCGUGAAGCCCGCAAAUCACAACUUCGUCCAGUAAGCAACGCCGCCGCACAAUCGCUUCCAACGUGUCCUCGAUGUCAACGGACAUUCCGGGCUAAAAUCGUACUUGUUGGACAUCUUCGGAGGGAGGAGGAGAGAGUGUAGGUAAAUGCUACGCAAGUCUACCGGCAUUAUAAACCCCUGCGUAAGUCACCGUCCCUGCUCCCAUUGCUGCUGUAACUGUGGGGCACACGGUGGACAUUAUCGAAAACGAUGGUCGAACUGUCAUGUUACUAUUUACUAUAAAUAUAAUACAAAGAGGACCUAAAGUAGAGCAUGCAUGAUUAAAAGUUCUAUAAAGGGUCUCCGUAGUCCUCUACGGAAGAUAAAUUUCAGAAUCUGUUCAGAAACUGCAUAAACAGACGACAUGAUUUAAUCUUGUCGGUCAGACAUAAUAAUAAGGAUUUUUGCUCAGUACUACUGGUAAACUUGCCCCGCAUCUCAGAAGGGAUGUGUGUUAACGCGAUAGCAAGAAUAAGCCUUCUUCUGAUCCCAAACCUCUUAAGCUUAAUCCAGGCCCUAAAUCUAACCCUAAAUCUAAUCCUGUCCUUGACACUUAGUUUAAAGAAAUAUAGCUCAGGGCAACCUGUAAGAGGACGGCCUAUCUUUCCUGUACUCGGUCAUUUUUUUAUUGAGCCUGCAUUGCAGAGUAGUAAAAAACUCCACCAAAAAUAUUGGUAGACUGUGUUUUAAGCGAUACAGUGCUAGAACUUUUUAAAAUUUACAGAGCACAUGUGCGCGAAUCCUGAUCUGUGGAUAACGACUGCACUUUUACGUCUUAGUCAUCCAGUGUGCAUAAAAGUGUCACAUAACGCAAAAGUGUCUAUAAAAUUUAUGUUUUUAUAUCCCUGCAACUAUCGGCAAUAAAGUUGUACUGUCUGACCAAUAGCGAAAUGAUUGCUCGUUCGGGUGUUUGACCGGCUUCUGAUUUCUAGGGCAUUACCAAGUGGAGUUUGGAAAAAUAAAAAGAGUAAUUCGCUUUUUUUGAAAUUAUAAAUUUGGAAGUGUCAAAAUAAUUGGCUCUAUUCACUGAGGACAAAAUAUACUAAUACAUUACGCAAGACUCAAAAAGUCUUAAUCUAAAACGAACGAUUAUUAUCGGGAUAGUACGAGUUGUAGGUUCUGUAUUUCUGUCUCUUCACACAUAAAAUUGCUCAUCAGGAAUGGCAAGACUGAAUGCUGAUAUGCCGUUGCACGACAAGUGAUAAGUCAAAAUGCACGGCACUUGGGCGGGAAGAGAAUGUAGGAAUCGAACAUCGUCAUCCAGCAAGUAAUCUGUGAAUUGGUUGACGAUUUUAAAAUGCUGUAUGAUCGUAUAGAUUAAAAAGACGUAAGAAACGCAAUCCAAAACGAAGGGAAAGUAUAAAUUAAUUUAACAAAAGAAAAGUUCAUAUAUCAAUGCAAAAGAAAAGUUCUCUCUAGAAAGACAAAAUGGUAUGUUUACGACCACGCCUUUCAGUUGUUUUAAAUUUAUUAGACACUGACUGGUCUUAUGGUGUGUCACCUUAUGAAGACUUCUGAUCAUACGACGUUCCCAUAGGCAAAAUCAAGCAAACCCCAGCUUUCCCUGUUGAAUCCAAUCUCUUUUAACUGCAAAUCGUCAAAGAAAACACGAAACACACUACUUUUUUAAACGAUAGCUGGACGAAACAAUUCAGAGUAGCCUGGGAUUAUGAGUCAACAUUGUUGACGUGCUUGCUUCCUAUCAGUAGGCGUGCUUUUAUUAAGUUACAUAUUUCAGGCGUGUCGGCCGCACGGGGGUGUAAUGUAUUCGACCUCGCUUUGGGAUGCCUUGUCUGCUGCUGUGUUGCCAUUGCCAUACCUCCCGCAUAUACUUACAGCUGCCAAUUGGACGAAGGAAGGGCGGUUAUGCUGUAAAUUCCUUCAUGUUAUUGCUCACGUUCACAUUCCCGCUCAUCGGCCACUUAGCGCGCUUGCUAUAUUACUACGACUGGGUACUCCAGCUACGUUUGCUUGAUUUGGCGUAGAGGCUCUGUCAGGAUGAAUUUCUCCUUUACUUUAACCGCCCCGAGAACGAGGCGCUGCAAGACUGUCUAUAUGGGCUCAUUGCAUUGCACCCCCCCACACGGAAAUCUUUAGUAAAAGGCGAAAGACUUAACCUUUGCGAAUUGCGAUUCAACACGUUUUCCAUUACCCUUCUAAUUGCGAGCUGCUUCAGUCGUGUUAACAGAUCGCUACCCUUCACCCCCCCCUUUUUUAAGAAACAGCCCCGUUGUAUUCGAUCGCGGGGGGGGGGCCUCUCAUACCGCGUUCCAUGCGACUACCGCGUGAGUUGGCUAGGCGCGUAGGCGUUGGGUGCACUUAAUCGGUGCAGGUCUGUCCCGCCAGUGCACAUGCCCUUCUUACAUACUUCAGGGGCUGCACUAGCCUUCAUGGUCUAGCCGUACAGGCGUUAAACCCGGUUGCUGGCUUCCUGUGCGGUCUCCGAAGGCCGCUUGCCGUUUGCUUUCUUUGCCUGCCGUACGGCUCACCCAACCGCAGCCCACUUGGAACAGCUAACCAACCAUAGGGGUUUGGCCUUGCCUUGCACUUUCACGGGCUUAGGUAUCCACCUGGCCCUCGGGGUUUCUUUGUGGUCUCUUUCGCUCGCUUUCCCCUUGCGAUUCGGUCGAUUUCGUACGCCCGUGUGGUUGGGCGGUUUGGUCGCCUUGCGGUGACCAGUAGGUUUGGCUUUCCUGUUAUACGUACAUCAUUCAUCGGUUUGACGGUCAGCGUACUUACGAAGUAGCCUUCCGAUUGGUCAUGAUCGGCAGUUAGGACCUGUUCAUAGGUUUUCCAUUAAUCCCUUCAAAUACUACGAUUUCGAUCCCCGUUGGCGCAUUUUCGGCUGGGGUUAUGGGACAAAAGGGAAAAAAGGUUGAGAGGUAUAGUAAGGAAUGCACUAUUUCAGUGCGGAAUAUGAAAGAAUUACAAACUGUUUCCGUUGUACCAGUUUUCAGUGGCCAAAAUGUCUAUUGCCUGGUCGUUCAGUUGUUCUCCCUGGCUGUUAUUCCACUGGCUGCUAUUAUUGCACUAUGUGUACAACAUCAUUAACAUCUCACUGCUUACCUUUCCGGUCAGCUGCUAAAUAUCUCGGUUUCCGAGUGCUCUUCUGAGACUGGAUAGGCCUGAGCCACAUGGGACCUUCGAUAAAGUCAGGCGACUUUCCUUAAACACCGAACCAGUUCUCAGUGCCCUUUUGGUACCAUAUUUGUUACACCUAGGCAAUGCUUUAUAUUAAUACUUUCGUGUACCUGAAGGCAAACCCGUCUGUGUGCUGACGCAAUAUUCGCAACGGCAUCGGUUUACGACAGCGACAUCUGGUUUCUGUCGCCAUGACUCGUUUAGCUUGUAACUAUUGCACUACAUAUGGGGACUGGGUAAUAUCCGGGAUCUGUUCAAUCUCCGAUGGCAUUAUUAGCUUGCGGAGAGGCCUUACGUUUCUUCAUUGCUGUCACCCUUCUAUAAGUGGGAAACGUUUGGUUAUUAUUGAACAAAUUAAUAAAUAAGGCUUCCGUCCUCCGUAUUUUGCAUUCAUAAUUACCAUUCUUCGGGUUCAUUUUCAACCGCCCUACUUGACGUUGGCAUUUGACCAGGAUUCAUCAUCAGUGGCAGUAUUGUCUGGGGCGACUUCAGCCGAAUGGCCUUGGCAUUGGGUGUAUUGCUCCCAUUGGUUACGGCUUCCGUUUUGAAUUUUCGGCACAUUUUCACCUCAAACAAACUUUAUUAUUUACUUUCUAAACCUCAUUUUUUUACUGUUUUUUCUUACUCUUUAAUGGGUUCCCCGUUUACCCCACCCAAAAAACCCCCCUUCAUACCGAUCCCGUAAGACAGGAACCUCUUUUUCGCCUUGUACAGUCUAGGCUACACACAAUUGUCCGACCAGAGGGACGCAACACUACCUUUAGUAUUUUUUUAUGUUUUUAAUUCUUUUAAACUUUUACAUAAUUAAAAUAGACAGUUGACUCAUGAAAUGCUAUCGGUUUGCGACUGAUUAGCCAUCAUUCGUAAAUUUAGACACAUUUCAUGAGUUAGGUCACUAACUAGAGGUCCGUUUUUGAGAGGGUUUCCAGCAACCACAUCAUCAGCAUCCUAAGGGAAAAAGACAGUCCUUUGGGAAUCAUAGAUCUUUAAUUUGGAGAGAAAAAUGGUGAGGGGAUAAAAUGAAACCUUGAAGGACUCCAAAGUCGUUGGGAAUAAGAGAAAGGUUCCGUUUGCCAGAUUAAACAAACUGAGUAAGAGAUGUAAAAUAGUCGCCAGGCCAAGAGACGACCCAUCCUGUAGAACCGCAAAUUGAGGUUGCGGUAAGGGAACGAGUACGCGGGAAGGUAUUGAAGACGGAGAAGCGGUCAAUAAAAGCAUAUGCGCACUCGCGACAACCCUUAUUUAAUUCUCUUAGGGUAAAGUGGACCACAAAUUCAACAGCACCUAAAUUACUACGUUUAGCUCUGUAUGCAAAUUGUAAAGGAUUGGAAAAAUUGAAAAGGUUUUGAUAUCCAGAGUAACUCGUUCAGCUAACUGUAGUAGUUCGGAAGAGGAGAACAUAAGACGAAUAGAUUUAGAACCAAAAUAUCGGAUUUUUUUAGGGAGAGGAGUAAUUCUUACUGUAGGCUACACAUGAAAAAUCUCGAAUACCAUGAAAAGCAUGUUAAUAAGAUGCGUUAAAAUAGGGACUUUAUGAGAAAAACAAGCUCUAUGGAGAAAAAAUGAAACAUCAUCCGGUCUGGCAGCUGUUGAUCCGCGGAACUUUUUAUGGCGUUUCUCUACUGUUUCCACAGACACGUGUUGGAAGGCACAUGUUUAUAAGGAAAUGCCAUUUAAUGGACGAUGGAGUCAUUGUGACCAAAGAUAACAUUUUUGAUCAGUAGAAGAAGCUAUCGUUGGAACAAUGGCUUUAUUCGCCUGACGUUUCGGAUUCUCUCUUGAAUCCAUCAUCAGAGACAGUUGCAGAAAAGGGUGGCUAGUGUACGGGAAGUCGCAGUAUUUAUAGGAUGCGGUCGCCAUGCUACCGCAUACCUACAGCAAUUAACCGUGCUCCCUUCAUCAAGGAUUGUUGCCCGCUGGUGCGCUAUUUGCUUGAUGGCCGGCAUGCAAGUUGUUAAUUGCUGACAUCUCAUCACCCGUGUUAGAUGAUGGCGUGAUGAUUUCUCGGCCAUCUGGCUCACCGGCUUGCACGCGCCUCGAGUGGUCAAUUGCUUUGGCCAGUCUAUGCCUCAGCACAGAAUAUGGAGUGGGAAUGUCGUUGCACUUGUUGAUAGACUAAGGUCCGGUUAACCAUGACUCAAGCAACUCGCGGCUCACGCGAUUAUCCCCUCUCGCGAGAAUUUCGGCCUCAUUUAACUUAAAUGUGUGGCCGGGUCUCGUCGAAUGGGCCGCGACCUGAGAGUUGGCGUCAUUUCUCCGUACAGCUGCCACGUGUUCGGCGAUUCGCGUCCGGAGCAGUCUUCCAGUUUCUCCGACGUAGUUGCUUUGUCCGCAACUGCACCAGAUCCGGUAAACGACUCCAGAUGUUUCUUGCCGUGGCAGUGGGUCUUUUGGUCUCGUCACUUGACGCCUCAUGGUGGCCUCCGGUCUGUGCGCAACUCCAACCCCAAGUGGUGCAAGAAGGCGACUAAAGGCCUCUGAGACGUUCUUGAAGUACGGGAUCGCUCGUUAGAAUUUGGGGUCGGCGCGAUUUUGUCGCUCGUAUCGUUUGCGCAGGUACUGGUUGACGAAGUUGUGCGGGUAACCGUUGUCUCGGAAAACCCGUCGAAGAUAUUGGGAUUCGGCAACCUUGUCUUACGGUUCACUGCAGUGCGUCUCAACACGCCAAAAUAGCGUUCUUACGCAACUGCGUUUGUGGCUGAUUGGGUGGUUACUGUUAAAAUUCAGAAUUUGCGUCGUGUUCGUUGCUUUUCUGAACACUUUGGUCUUUAGGCCACCACAAUCUUUGCGACAGACGAGGACAUCAAGGAAUGCCAGCUGGUUAUUCUCUUCCUCCUCCAUCGUAAAUUGCAUGUCCUGGAAGACGCUGUUGGGACGUUCUUUGAGCGUUAG